AUAUUUUUUAGUGAUUUGUAAAUGUUGAGUAAGUGUUUGUUUUUUAGGCGAUAAUGUUGUAAAAGCAAUAUGUUUUUAUAAAAGAAUGUUUACAUGUUGCCUUCAUCUUGAUUCAUCUUUUUUGGGACAUCAUUACCCAAUCCUUGUGUUUUUUGACAAAACGAGGUAGAAUUUCCUACCGGAUAGGUGAUCCCUAGCUACAAACCCAGCAUUUUUUGUGUCACAAUAGCUCCCUUUACGCUGUUUCCUCUCCCCCACCCCCUCCCCCUCCAAAAAGUGUCAUAUGCCAUAUUUCUAAAACGUAUAGUUGUAGUUUCUUUCCAUAUUUAUCUUAUUAAUUUGUUUUAUGAUAAAUGCAGAUCCAAUAUCAUACAAGAUAGGAUUCUUUGAAGAUAAAGAUCAGUGUGUGUGUGUUUUUUUUUUUUUUGAGGAUAAAGAUCAGUGUACCCAAGGAUGAGUUCAUCCGGUAAUUGGAUAUCUAUUGAGCACAUUUCAAGCUGAGCCUUGUUUACGGCACUAUUGCUAAUUCUGCUAAUUAUGAUAAAUAUAAUGAAAUUUGGUAAUUCACAAGCAUAUCUCAAGGUUUUGCAACAACGGUUUAUUUCAAUCAUCCAUUUGCUUAGCAACCUGAGAUUCGAAUUCAAUUAAGUAUGCAUAAUUAUAGUGCAUGCGUGUCCCCCUACCUUUUUUAAAAAGGGAUUUGGUCAUUACAAAGGUUGAAAAUUAGAAAGUUCCACUUUUGCUAGUUUUGGUGGAAUUAUUGCAAAUCUUAUCCACAUACAAAAUAGAGAUGGAUAUUGACCCGUCAUACCAAGUGCAUGUAUAUAAGCAGAAGGCCAUGAUAGGGAAGCAAGCUCAAAAUAAGGAUCCAUUAGAGUUAUAUUCGGGAGAUCAUUACUAGAUUUAGUGAAAUAAUAGCAAAUAUUAAACUAUUUCAAAAACAAAAAGGGAUAUUGGUGCAUGUAUAUAAGCAGGAGGAUGUAAUGGGGUCGGCAAGUGGGAUAAUUGGAGGUAAAAGUCCUUUAGGGUGACAUUCGCGAUACCAUACUUGUAGCCAAUUUGAAGCCUUUGAUCUCAUCAAGGUUACAAUGAAGAAGGAGGUGCUGAUCGUGGGAGCUGGUCCAUCAGGCCUUGCCACUGCUGCAUGUCUAAACAUGUUCUCCAUUCCAAACAUCAUACUAGAGAAAGAGGAUUGCAGUGCUUCUCUUUGGAGAAAGAGGGCAUAUGAUCGUCUGAAGCUUCACCUUGCCAAGCAAUUUUGUGAGCUGCCGCACAUGCCUUACCCUAGCACGUUCCCAACCUUCAUACCCAAGGAUCAAUUCAUCCAGUACCUAGAUAACUAUCAAGCACGUUUCAAGCCGAAUAUUGUAUAUUGCACUGUUGUUGAUUCUGCUAAUUAUGACAAAUACAAAGGAACAUGGAGCAUAAUGGCUUGUGACAAGGUCACAGGGGAGGUCAAAGAGUACACGGCAAAGUUCCUGGUCGUGGCCACCGGAGAGAAUGAUGAAGGGAUGAUACCGGAUAUCCCGGGUUUGAAGACCUUCUCUGGGGAGGUCGUCCACUCUUCUUUUUACAAGUCGGGGGCUGCUUACACUGGCAAGAAUGUUCUAGUUGUUGGAAGCGGUAACUCAGGCAUGGAGAUUGCUUAUGAUCUCUCAAACUUUGGAGCAAAAACCGCCAUCACCAUCCAAAGCCCGUUCCAUGUGAUGACCAAGGAGUUGAUAUACAUGGGGAUGGUUUUAGUAAAAUACCUCAAUGUUCGUUUGGUGGACACCUUACUUCUUAUGCUUAGCAAUCUUAAAUAUGGAGAUUUGUCUAAAUAUGGGAUUACAAGGCCAAAACUAGGCCCUCUCUCUCUUAAGAUUGCGACCGGUAGAUCAUCAGUUAUUGAUGUUGGUACUGUAGCAAAGAUCAAAAGUGGUGAGAUUCAGGUUGUCAAAGGGCUAUCAAGCAUACAAGGCAAUGAGGUACUUUUUACCGAUGACAAGUCAUAUCAGUUCGAUGCAAUAGUUUUUGCAACCGGCUAUCAAAGCAAAGUAAAAAGUUGGUUAAAGGAUGAUUUUGGUCUCCUUGGCCAAGAUGGGUUUCCUGUAGCAAAAUUUCCAAACCAUUGGAAAGGAGAAAAUGGGCUAUACUUUGCAGGGUUUGCCAGAAGCGGAUUGGCCGGAAUCUCCAUGGAUGCAGAAAACAUUGCCGAUGAUAUAAAGAUGGCUCAUGAUUGCUGUGAAUCAGCUUAGUCCCUUCAACAUAGAACCGAAUUGACGUACCCACAACUUGUGUCUCAUAUGAUGAUGAUGAUUAUCAGUAUCGCCAUAAUCAUUAUUAUCAUCAUCAUUGUUAUUAUUGUUGCUAUUGUUUCAAUUCUUACUGCUAUCAUAUAUAGCUUGAAGAACCUAUAUAAAAAUAAUUUGGGAUUUGCUUCGAUGCACUUUUUUUGUUUCAAAUUCCUUCAUUCAUAUAAAGAGGGGUAAAGAAGAGAAUUUAUACGUUAAUUGGUUUAGUAGGUUACCAAUUAAGAAUUUUUCAAACCAAAAAAUCCUUCAAUAUAUGAUCUACCCAUUGUUCUAGAGCUAUAGGAUGUUGUUGAUGAUUGAGCACUAUCAUCAUCGUCGUUGUUUUAGUUGUUGUUGCUGCUAUAGCUGUUGUAUAUAGCUUGAAUGGCAUCUAUAAAUAUAAAUUAGAAUUUGCUUCAUUUUUUAUUUCAAUUUCCCCAUUCAUUUAAAGAAGGGUAAAAAAGAGAAUUUAUAUUAACCCAUCUAAUAGGUUACCAAUUUUAAGAAUUUUUAAAUAAAAAAACCUUAGAUAUCAGAGAAAGAGAGGAGAGAGAGAAAGAGAUUAAUAUGUGUUUUUAUGUAAGAAAGAUAAUGAGAGAGAGAGAGAGAGAUUGUGUACAUAGAAAGGGGGUAAUGGAGACAGAGAGGAGGUGAAUCAGGCAAACAUAUGCUAGAGUGCUAUGAGAAGUUCUAAUCAGUACUUAUAGGGACAAAAAGAGUUUAAUCGACCACAUUAUAUAAGAGUUAGAAUUUGAAUCCUACAUAUAUAUAUAUAUUGAUCCGGGGAGAUAGAAAAUUAGUUAGAAAGAAUGACUUGAUGUGGAUAAACCCUUUGUUGGUG